UGGCAAGGGCGGGAGUAGCUUCGUGAAGUGCUCGUGUGUGAAGGGAAGCGCCAAAAACCUAACCUAACCUAACCUAACUACCAAAUUGGGUUGUUUCGGGGUGUUUUGAAGAGGUUUUCAGUGUUUGUGCGUGUGUUUGUUUGUUCGUGUGUUCGUGUGGUGUCUUCUGCUACUGCUACAGCCGCCAUGAUUACUGUGCAGGAGAAGCGGCCAGCGGGGCGAGGCUUCAGCGUGCGGGACCUGCUGCAGCUGCACGAGGCGGCGCCCCCACCCACCCCUCGUCCCGCGGAGCAGCAGCAGCAGCAGCAGCAGCCACAGCAGCCACAGCAGGCUGCACUGCAGCAGGGUGCUGUGCCGCCCGGCGCAGUACAGGCUGCGGCAGACUCCACGGAGCAGGCCGCCGCCCUCACGCCGGCAGAGGAGGAGCUGGAGGCGCUGGAGGUAGAGGAAGACACGGAGACAGGCGGGCGCAAGAGGAAGCGGCGCAUUCUGUUCAGCAAGACGCAGACCUACGAGCUGGAGCGACGCUUCCGCCAGCAGCGCUACCUGUCGGCGCCGGAGCGGGAGCACCUGGCGGCGCUGCUGGACCUGACGCCCACGCAGAUCAAGAUUUGGUUCCAGAACCAUCGCUACAAGACCAAGAAGCUGAUCAGGGAGCGCGGCCUGGAAGGGCCGCCCCUGCCGCCUCUCGGCACCUUCUCCCAGUCCCUGCGCUGUCUGGCGCCCGCAGGUCCCGCCGCCCGCCUGCAGGAAUACCUGCCGGGUCCCGCACCGCCCCUGCUACACCUGGGCCUGCACCAGGCACAGUUCCCUGGCCUGCUGCCCUUCCUGCCCGUGUGCCCCUUCCCGCCCCCAGCCCUGCCCUCCUCGCCCUCCCUCCUGGCGCAGGCCGCCGCCGCUGCCGCCGCCGCCGGGCCGCUGCGCACGUCCCUGGCCUCCACGCUCACCCCGCCCACCACCGCCUCGCUGCUGCCGCACACGCCGCCUACCAGCGGCGCGGCGUCGCCUCCCGCCGUGGCCGCCGCCGCGCCGCCCGUCACCACCGCCCUGUCGCUGUCGCGGGCUGGCUCCCUGCGGCCCGAGGGUGUGUGCUGGUGAGGUGCGGCGCAGCGCCGCGCCCAGACUGUGAUGUGUCGCGCGUCACGGUGCAGUGACGGUGCCGCCGCGGCGAGGCGACCAAGGCCGCGGCCGCCACGACCUUGGUGACGCUGCCUGCCGGCGCCGCGCCGCGCCCCGCAGAAAGAGCCACGCCCGCCAACCCGGACAGUGCCACCGCGACCCGUGUGACCCGCGAGGCACCACCGGCACCCGCCACCAACUCCUGCCGCUGCAGGGCUGCUGCCGCCCUGCUGAAUGCUGUGGGAGAGGCAGCAGCAGGAAGAGGCGCCUCACACCAUGCACGGACACAGUUCAAAGGUGUAGUACUGGGGGAGUGAUGGAGCUGACCACAGGACAUGAUGAUGUGUUGGUGAUGACAGUGAUGAUGACGGUGAGGUGGUGAUGACAAUGAUGACCAGGAAAAUGAUGUUCAUGACUAUGAUGAUGAUGAUGAUGAUGAAUAAGUAUGAUAAUAAUAAUGAUACUAUUAAUAAUAAGAUGAAAU